CGUAGAGCAGGCUCGCUCUUCCCUUACCGCAACCGGGAAUCCUUUGAAGAGAUCGAUCGAUCCUGCUUGGUGUGAUGGAUUCAGUGCUCGUAGCGCUGCUACUAUUCACCAGCAUCACUUUCGCCCAUCCCCAGCAGCCGCAUUCCGUUCCGUCCAUCUUUCUUUACGAUGAUUUUGAACGGUGUGAAGCGACCGCAUCGGUGUACUGCUAUGCCCGCACCAUACUCCGUGUCGAUCAGUUUCCGGCCGGAUUCGUAGUGCCACAGACGGAGAGCACGGAUCGAAUUGUCCACAAGCAUCGGGCGCAGUAUCUCGAGCUGGGUAUCUGUUUGCGGGACUGUGAGCAGGAAGUGAAACGCUUAAGUGCAGCCACCAGGAAGACACUCUUCCAGCCAGAAAUUCCUGUGAAUUUUACUUUCCUAAUUCCGAAUGAGCUGUUUCCCACGAUGCCGGCCGAUAAGCGGCGCUACGAAACGCUGGUGAAUGUGUGCGUAAAUCAGCGGCUGCGCACGCGUUACAACAUUACCGGUUACACGGCCCUCGAGUACUGUCGACCCAAGCCCAAACGAACGGCCCGCCCGUACGAUGCACUGGAGGUGAUGUUUCUUGCCGUCUCGGGGACGCUUGUCGGUACGCUCAUCCUCACCACGCUGCUGGACGUUUGUCGCGUUAACCAAGAAAAUGCAAUCGUCUCCGCUUUCUCCGUGCGCCGCAAUUGGAUGCGCUUGCGGGCCGAUGCCGACUCGCCUCUGCACCGCGAUCUGCUGUACAUCGAUGGGCUGCGCGUGCUCGUCAACCAUCUGGUGAUUGUGCUGCACAGCUUUCUGAUCGCGAGCGUUGCCCCGGCCCAAAACUACAGCGAGCUGGAGGACCUGGCGAACAAUGUGCCGAUGCGCAUCUACCUCUCCUCGAACGCGUACCUGGUGCAGAUCUUCUUCACGAUCGGUGGCUAUCUGCUGAGCGUUAACUUUCUGCGCGAUGCCGACCGCGGCCCGAUCGAUGCGCGCUACGCCGGCAACAAGAUUCUCAACCGGCUGGUGCGCCUGGUGCCCGUCUAUGCGUUCUUUCUACUGUUCUCCGUUAGCGUGAACGUACGGUUCGAUGUGAAUGUGAACGGGUUUCGGCUGUUUACGGCAGAGAAUGCCAUUUGCCGUCAGAAUUGGUGGACCAAUGUGUUGUUUGUGAAUAAUUUUCUGUGGCCAAAGGAGCUUUGUUUGAUGCACACCUGGUACUUGGCGGCUGAUUUGCAGCUGUUUCUAAUGGCGAUGGGUGUGCUGGUGCUGGUGCACCGGAGGCCCAAGAGUGUUGGGGCCGUGUUUUUGGUCGGAGUGGUAGUGUCGUUUGCUGUGCCCGGGUAUAUAACGCACCAGCAUAAGUUGCACCCUGUGCUGCCGGGUAAGCUGAGUGAAGCCAAGUUCCUGACCAUGUACGAGCCAUGGAUACGGCGCAUUUAUCUACCAAGCUAUGCGAACACUGGCUGCUAUCUGUACGGAGUCAUUGCCGGGUAUCUGUACCAUCGCACGAAGAACUACAAGCUGCAGCUUCAACGGUUUUGGCUCUAUCGAAUGAUCAAUGCAUACGUAACACCGGUACUGGUCGCCGUGACGGUGUCUUCCUUCCUCUGGUACGUGAUCGACGUCCCGAAACCUAACCUCUGGGUAUCGCUGUACAGUGCACUUUACCGAAACAUAAUCGGUAUCUUUGUGGCUGUGUGCUUUCUGCGCUCCAUCGACAAACCUCCUGGCACUUUGCGUAGCAUUCUCAGCUCCAAACUGCUGACCACACUCGGCAAGCUUACCUACAGUGCGUACGUACUGCACGAUGUGGUGAUGCGGUUUUUGCUGUUGCGCGAAAACUUUAACAGUGUGAUCAACGUGCAAAAGUUUAUAGCUUGGGUGUACAUUGUGACGGGGGUAGCCUUUGCCGGUGGGCUGGUCGUGUUUCUGGCGAUUGAGCAGCCCAUGAUACAGCUGAUUAAACCGUACAUAAGCCGAGUGUGCCCUGUAAGGGUAAAAGCAAAGCAGAAGUAAUAACUAAACUGGGAUAAGCUUUGUAGUAUUGGGUGGGGUUGUUUUUAAAAUGGAAAAUGUGAUUUUUAAGUAGCAGGAAUCAUGACAAUAGACCGCUUG